AUGCAGGCACAGGAUGGCCGGCAGUUGCAUGGACCCCUGACAAAGCUCGUCGCGGUGCUUGCUCAGGUGGGCUGGUGCAUCUUAGAGCCACCACAGGUCCUUGACCACGAAGGACUGCAACACAACUUUGUGCAGAUGCCUAUGCCUUUGCUGCGCAGACUUCUUGAGCAUGCCUGGCUCCAGUACACAGCGCGCUGUCAUGUCCACCGCAAGGCUAUGGCUGAUCUGCGGGGACUAGACCCGGCAUUGUUGCGGGCUGACACAAAGCGGAUGUCGGCCCUGGACGUGGCGAGGUACGCCUCAGUCCGCGCAGGCGCUUUCUUGUUUGGUCACCAACACUCACAGUUCGACCUGACUCAGACCGGUCUGUGUGAGCACUGCCAGGUGCCAGAUACCGUGGAACACCGCAUAUGCCAUUGCCCUCUCAAUCGGGAGUUGCGCGAUGGUUAUCAGUGGGCGGUUGAUCGAUGGGGCACUUUGCCUAAGUCGCUCACACAUCACCUACUGCCAGCAGCAAAUCCUUUCUUGCCGGCACUGCGCCGCUGCCUGCACCAGAUUGUUGAUACGACGGGGGUUUUCUUCUGUUCAGGGUUUGGGUUGGGUUGGCAACAGCUCUUCACUGACGGUGCCUGCACCCAACAUGUGCAUCCCGACUUCGCUUUGGCUGGCUGGGGGUUGGUCCACGCCCAGCACCACACCGCAGUGGCCUGCGGCAUGCUACCAGGUAUUCUACAGUCAGCCCCGCGUGCAGAAAUCACUGCGAUGACGUCUGCAGCACGCUGGGCCUUGCAAACCGGACUCCCAUGCAUGGUUUGGACGGACGCGCUCAACGUGGCCAAUGGCGUGGCUGCAGUGCAGUCAGGCGGCACCAUGAAUGAGGAUGAGGAUGCAGACUUGUGGUCGCCGCUGACCGGCCUCUUAUCUCAGCUGGAGCCCAGCCGGUUUUUGGUUCGGCACACGCCCUCCCACCUGGACACGCAACUCACCGAGGGACCGUUCGAGGACUGGCUUGCGGGCUACAACGGUCAUGCCGAUGUUCUUGCAGGCAUAGCCACCAGAAAUCGGCCCCAGCUUUUAGUUGAGGCCUUCGAAGCGGCGAGCUCCUACUAUCAGGAUACCCUGGAAUUGCUGCGGGCAUUUCGGUCCAUCUUCUUCGGCAUCGCUGACAAACGACAGACCGCCCGUGGACGCACGACAGCUGCGGAGGGGGAUACCUGGGAGCCACGAGUCCCGACUCCGUGUACGGUGCCGAGACGAUUGGAGAUCGAAGCGACCCUGCCGCUGAACUGGAGCCAAACGUUGGCAACAAUUCGGAGUGACUUCCCCGUGGACUUCGUUCGCUCUAUCUGCGAGUUCAUCUUUCAGCAGGAUGCUAGUGCUACGGAGGCAUACGAGCUGUCAUGGCUGGAGUUGGUUUUUGCCCUUCAUCUUGAGGACCGAGCACAGUACCCGGUAAGCGGUCCAGAUGGAAAGUGGUGUUCAGCAAGUUUGCUAGCUUUUCGCCCUCCUGCACCUACUGUGGCGGGUCGGCUUAGUAUUAUUCGAAAGGCCAUGCGGCCGGUGCUGCACGGCUUGAAUCUUCAGUCGUUGAUGGUUCAGGGUAUCGAUCGUUCUGAUUUCGGCAUCGGUUUUAGGCUGGAUGGCCUUGUGGUUGGGGUCGAUUCUGAGCUUUUCCUUCGGGCCCGUGCAAGCCUCGGCCGCUUUGUACAGGGCAGGAGUGUCGGCACAAAGGCCGCACUUGCCAGGCCGAUCUAG